GAUGGAAGGAAACGAGGAGAGUGAGGAACUGAGUGAAGUGGAGGAGGAACAUCAUGUCACACCUGCAGAAAAACCUUUGAGUCGCUCAAAGACUAAAAAGACUUUUUUAAAGAAAAGAGCCAAGAAAUCUUUCACCUGCACUCAGUGUGGAAAGAGUUUCACACACAAAUGUUAUCUUGAGCGUCACAUGAUGAUCCACGCCGGAGAGAAGCCGUUCACAUGUGAUCAAUGUGGAAACAGUUUCCCAAGCAAACGUAACCUUGAGUUUCACAUGAGGAUCCACACCGGAGAGAAGCCGUUCACAUGCCAUCAAUGUGGAAAGAGCUUCACGCAUCAAUCAAGCCUUAAGAGACACAUAGCAAUGCACUCUGGAGAGAAGCCACUUUCGUGUGAUCAAUGUGGGAAGAGAUUCCCAUUCAAAGAUAAUCUUAAGAUUCACAUGAGGAUCCACACCGGAGAGAAGCCGUUCAUAUGUAAUGAAUGUGGCAAAACAUUUCUUUGUGCAUCGGCCCUGAAGGUACAUCUGACAGUUCAUACGAAGGUGAAGCCACAUUCAUGUUCUGUAUGUGGAAAGAGUUUUUCACAGCUGCCAACUUUAUACAGACAUCAGAAAAUUCAUUCUGAUGUGAGAGAGUACAUGUGCUUUGAGUGUGGGAAGACUUUUGUUACAGUGGGCUCUUUAAAACAGCACCAGAGGAUCCACACCGGAGAAAAACCUUACAAGUGUUCACACUGUGACAAGACAUUCAGUCUGCCAGUAUAUCUGAGAUCACAUGAGAGGAUCCACACUGGAGAAAAACCUUACAAGUGUUCAUACUGUGACAAGAGAUUCGCUCAAUCAUCAAAUCUGAAAACACAUGAGAGGAUCCACAGAGGAGAGAAGCUGCACACGUGUGAUCAGUGUGGAAAGAGUUUCAGCACUAAAAGUCACCUUCAGCGACACAUGAAGAUCCAUGCAGUGGAGAAACCACAUCACCACAGUCUGAAAUCACAAUAAGUAGUUCAUCUUUAGGUGCUGAGCAACACAGUUUUCUAACAGUCACAGUGAGUGAUAGGAGUUUAUUAUUAAUAAAUCAUCGGCCUGAUCUGAUCUUUCAUCUCAGGAACGUGAUGAAUCUAGAUCUUCAGCAGAAAUUACAACAUAAUCAAAUCGCUAUUAAGGGAAGAAUCCAUAGAGCCUGUUUUAAGAUGUUUCUAUCAUUAAUGUCAUUUACAACAGAAACAACAAUAAAACAAUCUACAAUUUGCAAUAUGGACUUUGCUGUCACUCCUCUUCACUCGU